CGGUGCGAUCCACACGAACAAAGCUCUCCCAUUGGGUCCGCCGAAAUGCGAAAUUUUUCGUUUGGAAGAGCGGAGUUGGGACAUGCAAACACGAUAUUCCACCCGUUGCAAGAAAGAGAGUUUCGACACAACAGCAUCAUGUCACUCCCAAGAUUAUGCUCUCGAAUUCGCUUUGCGGCAGGUCCAGCAUUUGCUUACCAUGCAAAACGCAUGGCUUCAAGUCACACUACCAAAGUAGUUGAGCGCGAAUUACCGCAAAUGUCUUCAAAGUCUCGUGUACCGUACUAUAUUGGAGGUGCAAUCGUUGGCACCGCAGUUUGGGUGGUUGGCUUGUCGUCUGCUCUGAAUUAUCAACGUUUAUCUAGCAGCGUUGUCAGCGGUACUCUGUUUACAGUUCGCUAUGAUCCUCUUGUUGUGGCACUCCUGGGUGACAACAUCGAUUAUGCAGACAAAUGGCCAUGGAUUACCGGCUCAGUCAAUCAUUUGCAAGGCAAAGUGAAUAUCUCGUUUGACGUUGUUGGUUCGAAAGGUGAACGUGCGCGAGUCAAAUUUUCUUCUGUUCGCCAAGGGCCGGCAUGGCGUACAAUUGAAUUUACCGUGACCCGAGAAUCAGACGGUCAAGUUGUCGAUAUCGGUCAGCAGGAACUUACGGAAGUAGGCGCACCCCUUGUACCGCUACUUUAAACACACCUUUUUUGUAGAAUAAUCACAUAGAAUAAAUGCUGUUCUGUAUAAAUCAACCCUUGAACCUCACUUUUUUCAGCUUAUGCUAAGAGGAACCUUAUAAUUACG